AGUGGUUUCCAUACUGAACUCCAGCAGAAAAACUGCACGGGGAAGAGAGGAAACCUAGUUUACCGUGCUGCCGUCCACUUCCCCGUAGCCUAGCAACUGUUUCCAAGGCAACCACGCCGUCAACAACGCUAAGCAACCCCGAGAUAAUUAGAAGGCCUAUUUUAUUUUCUUCCCAAGAGAGGACUGCUAAGAAGAGGUCAAAGGGAAAUUAGGUGAAAGAGAGAAACCUUAGUUCUGUGAGAAGACAAGAGUAGGAAAGGGGAAACCCCGUGAAGAAAGAGACGGAUAUUGGUACAGUGAGAAAAAAGUUGAUUAUUUUUAAGGAGUCAUUUUGGUGGCCAUGGAUACAGCUUGCUUUUCUGAGAGCAUUUAUAACCUCAUACCCAUUGACUGGAAGGAGCCUCCCCAGCCUCCUAGGUACAUAUCCAUUUUUAAGACUUCUGUAAAAGAUAACAUGCAAAAAUGUAAAACUGCAAUGAAGACUAUGGGACCACCAAAAGUUGAAGUACCUUCUCCAAAGGAUUUCCUGAAGAAACACUCAAAGGAAAAAACUCUACCACCCAAAAAAAGGUUUGAUCGGAAUGAGCCCAAAAAGCCUCCUGUGCCACUGAGGACUGAUCAUCCAGUCAUGGGACUACAGAGUGAAAAAAAUUUUAUAAAUACAAAUGCAGCCGAUGUCAUUAUGGGAGUGGCUAAAAAGCCUAAGCCAAUUUAUGUUGACAAAAGAACUGGAGACAAGCAUGAUCUUGAAACUUCAGGACUAGUUCCAAAAUACAUCAAUAAAAAGGAUUAUGGCAUCACACCAGAAUAUAUAUGUAAGCGAAAUGAGGAAGUAAAGAAAGCCCAAGAAGAAUAUGAUAAUUAUAUCCAGGAAAACCUUAGGAAAGCAGCUAUGAAAAGGCUCUCUGAUGAAGAAAGGGAGGCAGUUCUGCAGGGGCUGAAGAAGAACUGGGAAGAGGUGCAUAAGGAGUUUCAGUCCCUCUCGGUGUUCAUCGACUCCAUCCCAAAGAAGAUCCGCAAGCAGAAGCUGGAAGAAGAGAUGAAGCAACUGGAACAUGACAUCAGCAUCAUCGAAAAGCACAAAAUUAUUUAUAUUGCGAAUAAGUAAUCAUGGAUUUUUUAAAAAUAUAGUCAUUUUAACAUAGGGAAGAAAAUGAAACUGCUUUUCAAAGAGGAGAACACUAUGAAGAGAAUUAAAAUAGUUUUUACCAAAA